UCAUGACCAAAUAUAUAGAGAGAUCAGUUGUGGUUGGGCCGUGCGUUACAAGUCAACAACAAAACCCAACAAAACCUGCCGUGCUCUCCACACGUCUUUCUUACCAGUGAGUUCCUGCUCUCUCUCUCUCUCGACUUCGGCGCUUUUGGGUUUUCCGGCGACGACAGGUAAGUUGUGUUGAGUAAAGGAUUUAAUGGAUUUCCUGUUUAAAGGGAUGAAUGGAGAGGCUUCUGGUUGCCCCUUCGAUGAGAAUGACAUUCAGAGAUGUCCAUUUUUGAGGAACCUCAACAAACCCACAUCCUUUUCCUUCACUUCUGUAAAUAUCCCCAUUCCUGUCCAUGGAGCCAAAGGUCCAAUAUUUGAAGAUGGUCCUAAUUUUGAUAUAGCCUUUAAACUCUUUCAUGGGAAGGAUGGUGUUGUCCCACUGUCAGACAGAUCUUCGUCUGAUAAUGACAUUCUGGAAGUGAAGCAUGAACCCCUGUUCAAUCCUUUAGCUGCUAAAGCUGCCACCAUAAGUCUGUCAGCAUUUGGACCUGGAGGGCCUUUUAGUUUUGGUUCCUUCUCUGACAAGGGGAAAAGGCAGAAUUCCAACUCAUCCAGUAAGAAGGAACCCCCUUUGCAGAAAGGAAACUCAUCAAAACAUGAGGCACUAGGAAAUGAUUGGUUAAAAACAGGUAGCUGCCCAAUUGCCAAGUCAUAUAGAGCUGUGAGCUCUGUGUUACCACUUGUUGCAACAGUACUUCAGCCACCCGCUGGCAUGAAGCUCAAAUGUCCGUCUGCAGUAGUAGCUGCAAGGGCAGCCCUCGCCCGCACCACCUUUGUUAAGAACCUACGCCCCCAACCCCUACCUGCAAAAAUGCUUGUUAUUGCAGCCUUGGGUAUGGCAGUGAACAUUCCAUUAGGCAUGUGGAAAGAGCACACUACGAAAUUUUCCCUCUCAUGGUUUGCCGCUGUGCAUGCUGCUGUGCCCUUCAUAGCCAUGCUUAGGAAAUCAGUCCUGAUCCCUAAAACAGCCAUGGCAUUGACAAUUGCAGCGUCUAUCUUAGGACAGGUUGUUGGUUCAAGAGCUGAGCGGAUUCGGAUGAAAGCAGUGACUGAGAGAUUAAGGGAGCCAGUACAGACAACAGUUGAAAGUGCCAUUGCUGGCUGUAGCUCAAGCCAGGUUGAUGGCAAAAUAGGCAGUCAUUGUGGUGCUGAAGGAAUGACCUUUAAUUCUCAAGGUGUCAAGGGUGCCAGGCCAACUUCUACUAAUGUCUGCUUUUAACAUCAGUGCAUGAGGUGAAAGGAAAUAAUUGUGUUCACUGUUUAAUGUUAAAAUGCUGUGCUGCUUACAUUCUGUGAAUUGUAAUUUUGUCUCAUCGUUCGUCCAAAAUAAAAUCCCUUGUUCCUUUACGAAUACAAGAGAGACUGGCACCAAGCAUACGAGAGAGAUUACUCUCGUUUUGUCCACAGGCCUAAGACACCUAUCGACUCCGGUACACGAACUUGUACACCCUUGAAAUGUUCUUA